AUGUGCAGUAGCGCGUGUUACACAAACCAAACGUUCGUGGACGACGACGGUUUGGCUCGCGACUCGUCUAACAGUGUGACCUCUGACUUGCCAUGUAGCAGUAACUCUGGGGUUGUCCUAGACAUCCAAGAGCUAAAGAUGGCCACCGGAGAGUCCGACGUUCCUCCCCUGUCGCUCCGAUUCCGCUUCAGAGAGCUGUUGCUAGGAGACCAGACGUCACAGAAUGAUGACAGGGUGCACGUGGAAUUCUAUGUGAAUGAGAACACAUUCAAAGAGAGACUCAAGCUAUUCUUCAUCAAAAACCAGCGAUCUAGUCUUAGGAUCCGCAUAUUUAAUUUCUGUCUGAAGGUUUUGACGUGUCUACUCUACAUCAUACGUGUGAUGACAGACAACCCUGUUCAGAUACAGAACAAUCCUGAACACAUUGUGGAUGGCCCUGGAAACACUUCAUCAUCAUCCAGUGAAAUCAACUGGAAACUCAUUCUGUGGGUGGACAGGAAAGAGCCUGUGUGGGCCAUUCAGGUGAUUGUGGCGUCUAUCAGUUUCCUGGAGGCCAUGCUUCUCAUGUACCUCAGUUACAAGGGAAAUAUCUGGGAGCAGAUCUUCCAGGUCUCUUUCCUGUUGGAAAUGCUAAACACAGUUCCUUUUAUAAUCACGAUCUUCUGGCCUCCUCUGAGAAAUAUCUUCGUUCCAGUCUUCCUCAACUGCUGGCUGGCCAAAAGUGCUCUUGAGAACAUGAUUAAUGAUCUGCACAGAGCCAUUCAGAGGACACACUCUGCCAUGUUUAACCAGGUGCUCAUUCUCAUCUGUACUCUACUCUGUCUUGUCUUCACUGGAACUUGUGGUAUCCAGCAUUUGGAGCGGGCAGGGAAAAAUCUCUCUCUCUUUAACUCGCUAUAUUUCUGCAUUGUUACAUUUUCCACCGUCGGUUUUGGUGAUGUUACACCACGGAUCUGGCCCUCACAGCUGCUGGUGGUUAUUAUGAUCUGUGUGGCCCUGGUGGUGCUGCCCCUGCAGUUUGAAGAGCUGGUGUACCUGUGGAUGGAGCGCCAGAAGUCAGGGGGGAACUACAGCCGCCACCGGGCUCAGACAGAGAAACAUGUUGUUCUCUGCGUCAGCUUCCUGAAAAUAGACCUGCUCAUGGACUUCCUCAAUGAGUUCUAUGCACAUCCCCGAAUACAGGAUUAUUACGUGGUGAUCCUGUGUCCUGGGGAAGUUGAUAUUCAGGUACGGAGAGUGCUGCAAAUCCCUCUGUGGUCUCAGAGAGUCAUCUACCUGCAGGGCUCCGCACUCAAAGACCAGGACUUACUGAGAGCCAAGAUGGACGAUGCAGAGGCUUGUUUUAUUCUCAGCAGUAGAAAUGAGGCUGAUCGAAUGGCUGCGGACCAUCAGACGAUUCUGCGGGCAUGGGCAGUGAAAGAUUUUGCUCCAAAUUGCCCCCUUUAUGUCCAAAUCCUCAAGCCAGAAAACAAAUUCCAUGUUAAAUUUGCAGUGAUGUGUUUAUUUCUCCCUUUAGAUCAUGUUGUGUGUGAGGAGGAGUUUAAAUACGCCAUGCUGGCUUUGAACUGCGUGUGUCCAGCAACUUCCUCCUUGGUCACCCUUUUGGUCCAUACAUCUCGUGGGCAGGAGGGCCAGCAGUCCCCAGAGCACUGGCAGAGGACGUACGGUCGUUGCUCAGGUAAUGAGGUGUAUCACAUCCGUCUGAGUGACAGUAUGUUCUUCAGAGAAUACCACAGCAAGAGCUUCACUUUCGCUGCCUUCCAUGCCCAUAAGAAGUAUGGUGUAUGUCUUAUUGGGGUGAAGAAAGAAGACAAUAAGAGCAUUUUGUUGAACCCUGGACCACGUCACAUUAUGGCCACCAGUGACACAUGCUAUUAUAUUAACAUCACCAAGGAGGAAAAUUCUGCCUUCAUCUUCAGACAGGAAGAGCAUCGAAAGGGGCGGGGCCAUGACAACAUACUCCCUAGCCCAUCACAUCUACCAGUUCACAGCAUCAUAGCCAGCAUGGGAACUGUUGCCAUGGAUUUUCCGAACAGCAACCCUACAGGAGAAGGAGACAAACUGGCCCCACCCACUGAGAAUGGAGCCGGAGGUCGCCGCCCUAGUAUUGAACCUGUUCUAGAGAUUGCUGAUUCCACCUCCUUACUGCCAUGUGACCUCCUCAGUGACCAAUCAGAGGAUGAGAUCACCUUAUCUGAUGAGGAGUGCUCAUCUGCCACUGAGUUUGUGAAGGGCUACCCCCCUAACUCUCCUUAUAUUGGCAGCUCUCCCACCCUCUGCCACCUCCUACCUCAGAAAGCUCCUUUCUGCUGCCUUAGACUUGACCAGGCUUGUGAGCAUGUUAGCUUUGAAGAUGCUAAAGCGUAUGGCUUUAAGAACAAACUCAUCAUUGUGUCUGCGGAAACGGCGGGAAAUGGACUCUACAACUUCAUAGUCCCGCUCAGAGCCUAUUACAGACCCAGGAGAGAACUCAACCCCAUAGUGCUACUGCUGGAUAACCUGCCUGAUGAGCAUUUUCUUGAGGCAAUUGCGUGUUUCCCUAUGGUCUACUAUAUGGGUGGAACCAUCGAUAACUUGGACAGCCUGCUGCAGUGUGGUGUCCUGUAUGCUGAUAAUCUGGUGGUGGUGGAUAAGGAGAGCACUAUGAGUGCUGAGGAAGACUACAUGGCAGAUGCUAAAACCAUCGUCAACGUUCAGACAAUGUUCAGGCUUUUUCCCAGUCUCAGCGUAAUAACUGAGUUGACUCAUCCUUCUAACAUGCGCUUUAUGCAAUUCAGAGCAAAGGACUGCUACUCUCAGGCUUUGUCUAAAUUAGAGAAGAAAGAGCGUGAUAAAGGCUCUAAUUUGGCUUUCAUGUUCCGAUUGCCAUUUGCUGCUGGGAGAGUCUUUAGCAUCAGCAUGUUGGACACACUCCUCUACCAGUCUUUUGUGAAGGAUUACAUGAUUCCUAUUGCCAGACUGCUACUGGGACUGGACACCACACCUGGCUCUGGAUACCUUUGUGCUAUGCAUGUGUGUGAAGCAGAUUUGUGGAUCCGAACAUACGGCCGCCUUUUCCAAAAGCUAUGCUCCUCCACCUCCGAAAUUCCCAUUGGAAUCUAUCGCACAGAGUCUCACAUGUUCCCCUCCUCUGAGUCCCAAGGUUCUGUCAGCACAGAAGGCUGGGAUGACACGAGGGAAAAAAAGGAGGAGCCAAAGGUCCUGACACGCAGUUCCUCAGGCAGUGACCAAUCAGAUCACCCACUGCUGAGGAGAAAGAGCAUGCACUGGACACGAUGCCUGAGCAAAAAGAACAUGAAGAGGAGUGAUCAUGCCCUUAAUAUAAGCCACUAUGUCACCAAGCAAAAGCUCCAUUUAUCCCGUCGCUCAGAGAGGGAGGAGCUUACAGAGCUGGUCAGGAACCGCAUGCAGCACCUGGGCCUGCACACGGGCGAAUGCCGAGAUACAACUAAUCUAACAGCCAGUGAUGUGAUGAAUAGAGUCAAUCUUGGCUACCUACAAGAUGAGAUGAAUGACCAGCAGAACUCUCUGUCCUAUGUCCUGAUAAACCCUGCUCCUGACACACCACUGCAGCUGAAUGACAUAGUGUUUCUGAUCCGACCCGAUCCACUGGCCCAUGUUCCGGAGGCGUCUGCAGGCUGGAAGAGCAGUGGCAGGUCCAGACCAGAUACACCAGAGCUAAACAAAAUAUAA